GGGCGGUGCGGGGUCGCGUCCAGGGCGGAGGGCGCGGAGUGCGGGGGGCGCGCGGCGUGACUUCGGCGUCGCAGCCCGCGCGCGGCCAUGGAGAGCGGAGGGCGGCCCUCGCUGGGUCAGGUCAUCCUCUUGGGCACCAGCUCUGUCGUCACCGCCGUCCUGUACUCCGUGUAUCGGCAGAAGGCCCAGGUCGCCCAAGAGCUCAAGGGAGCUAAAAGAAUCCACUUGGGUGAAGACUUAAAGAGCAUUCUUUCAGAAGCUCCGGGAAAAUGUGUGCCUUAUGCUGUUAUCGAAGGAGCUGUCCGAUCCGUUAAAGAAACGCUUAACAGCCAGUUUGUGGAAAACUGCAAGGGAGUGAUUCAGCGGCUGACCCUGCAGGAGCACAAGAUGGUGUGGAACCGAACAACCCACCUCUGGAAUGACUGUUCCAAGAUCAUCCACCAGAGGACCAACACGGUGCCCUUUGACCUGGUGCCCCACGAGGACAGCGUGGACGUGGCCGUGCGAGUGCUGAGGCCCCUGGACUCCCAGGACCUGGGCCUGGAGACCGUGUACAAGAAGUUCCACCCCUCCGUCCAGUCCUUCACCGACGUCAUCGGCCACUAUAUCAGCGGCGAGCGGCCCAAAGGUAUCCAGGAGACCGAGGAGAUGCUGAAGGUCGGGGCCACGCUCACGGGGGUCGGCGAGCUGGUCCUGGACAGCAGCUCCGUCCGCCUGCAGCCGCCCAAGCAGGGCAUGCAGUAUUACCUGAGCAGCCAGGACUUCGACAGCCUGCUGCAGAGGCAGGAGUCGAGCGUCCGGCUCUGGAAGGUCCUGACGCUGGUCUUCGGCUUUGCCACGUGUGCAGCCCUCUUCUUCCUCCUGCGGAAGCACUACGUGCAGCGGCAGGAGCGGCUGCGCCUCAGGCAGCUGGAGAAGGAGUUCCAGGAGCACGAGGAGCAGCUGCUGAGCGGCGCCAAGCCCGAGGACAGGGAGAGUCUGAAGAGCGCCUGCGUCGUGUGCCUGAGCAGCUUCAAGUCCUGCGUCUUUCUUGAGUGCGGGCACGUUUGUUCCUGCACCCAGUGCUACCGCGCCUUGCCGGAGCCCAAGCGGUGCCCCAUCUGCAGACAGGAGAUCACCCGGGUGAUUCCCUUGUUCAACAGCUAACGGUCUGCGGGCCCCACAGGCAGGCGUGGAGGGAACCCCCCCCUUCUCAGGAAUUUUUGUCUUGAGGCCUUUAGAAGAGCAGCGGUGGGGGCAGCUGUCAUCCCAGGUACGACUGAGGGCAGGCGCCGGGGGAGCCGGGGAUCUCACACCUCUCGCACUAGGGUGAUGCCUUUCCGCCCUGAGGGGUACCCUUCCAGCCCUGCCUGGGAGUCCCAGCCCCGCCCUGGCUGGGCGUGCUGGCCUCCGGUUCCUUCUGGAAGGGAGCAGUGUGUGUGUGGACUGACAGCAUCUCAUCGCUCGAGGGCCCAAGCCAGUGAUCUCUAGCUCCUCUGUUCCGGUGUCUUCUGGUCCUUUCUGGGGAACUGCUGGUUCCCGCGGACUUGAGCCUUGAGUGACUCAGCCAGCAGGGAGGCGCAAGUCGGGCUCUGGGUGUGCUGUGUGUCUGGAGGAGAUGCCUCAGAGGAGACCCACAGUCUCACUUCUACGCCAGGAGGAGAAGCCAGGCUGCACGUGUCACUCAUGUCCCUCUCCCUCCCUGGCUGGCCUCUUAAAUAUGUGCACACGUGUGUCAGGACAGAAGAGAGUGAAGUCCAGCGUUUGCCUUCUCCCUGAAAGACGGGAACUGCUCGGCAGCUGAAGAGCGGUCACUCGAAGGGACUGUCUGUGGUCCCCAGCGGUGAAGGCGGCAGCUUGGCUGCAGCCCUUCUGGUGACCUGUAGAGAGGGCCCUCGGAGCCCACCUCCGGCCCUGAUGCAGACUUCCCGGGGCCCGCGGGGGCGCCGAGGGCUGGCUCCGGCUCUCUCUGCCUGAGCUCAGCUGGAAAGGCCAAAGGAAGCUAUGAGGCUGCCACAGCCUCCUGGCCAUCUCCGCUUCCCUCCAGGGCUGUCACCGAGGACAAGCAGCCAGCCGGCGCCCUGAGCACAGAGCCUUUUCCAGGGUCCCACCCCCUCCCAUGGGAAAGUUCAUGUCCCACGGGUGUAAUCACGUCGCCCCUUCCUGGAUUGCUGUUCGCCCUCUCACCUGCCAGACAAGGGCGCCUCUCUCGCCCCCUCUGGGCAGUCCCAGUCGGGUACCCAUUUUUCUCUCCCUUCCCUGGCUUUGAAUAUUCAUCCCCAUCCUCCUCUAUGCAGGGCGGCGGGGGUGCUCUCAGGGGGCUGACUCCAGUGCUAUGCAGUGUCUGGUGUGGACGGCACAAAUGAAACACGUUACGGCCAAGUGUUAGCCUGUUGCUUUGUCAGCCAAAGUUCAAUGGUUAGGCUGAGGCUUGUCUGAGAUGGAAUUAAAUCCCACCAUGGUGGAGUGAUCUAGAGAC